AUGUGCUGGGCAUGUGCCUUGCGCGUGUCUGUGUGUACAAUUUUUCAGCUGAAGUUUUGUAAUCAAUCGGCUACAUUUACUGUAACAUUUUUUUUGUUAACGCUUGGUCUGUCAAGCUGGCAGGAAACACUGCGCCCAAUAUAUCACCGAACGCUUUGGUCCCUAAAGCUAGCCUUCAAUGCUCGAAGACCAGCGCAUGGCCCGGAUGGCACUCAUGAAAGCAUUCCGAGGAUGUACCGCAAAAUGGCAAAAAAACCUUUGUCACAUAGCUUCGCAGUGACGGAGUACAAAGGAGACUGGGAGUUCCACACUACCCAAUGGCAACUCUCCAAAUUCUGGAGAUCCAACGAGCUGUGCCACAUGUGUUGCGCGACAAAGGGUCCCCAAUUUGCUGGCUUGAGUUUUACAUUAUUUGGAGCUGCGUUUCAACGAAGAUCAGUUGCAAAUUCGAUAUUGCAAUGCAUGGGUGCAUCGCCCAAUCCCCUCAUUCUCCUGGAUGGCUGGCACAAUGUCCUGCUGCGUUUUUGCAGCAUGCAUACACUUGCACUCGGAGUUUAUCAGACCCUUUGCGCAGAAGGGUUGCUGUGGCUCACAACGAACGGCUGUUUUGGACAAGGUGACAUGGAUGUCCGCCUUCGGAAGGCGUUUGAGACGUUCAAAGUUUGGAUGAAGGCGUUCAACUGUCGGAUUGUGCUAGCCUUUCUCGCCGAAUCUAGGUAUGAAAUCAGCCAGUUCCAAAAUGAGAUGGAGGAUGCUGGUCGUUUCUUGACGAUGGAGCAAGCAGAGCGCCUCUACGACCGAGGACUGAACCCUUCAUCGUAUCACUGUUACAGCGAGGAGGACUUUCUGGGUUUGAUAAAACCGUUGGCUGUGAAGAGUGCCGCCUCGACUCCGAAAAAAUUCGAAGUCACUGUGCUCAAGCGUUACGUGAUGAGGUGA